AUGAAAUAUUCAUUAAUUAAAUUAAAUGAUUUAUCUGAUGAAAUCCUUAUUUAUAUUCUGAAAAAAUUGGAGAAUGAUCAAGUACUCUAUUCUUUAAUAGGUGUUAAUAAACGGCUCAAUACGUUGAUACAUGAUAGAAUUUUUACCAGUCAUUUAAGAUUGAUGAGAUAUAUCUCCGAUGAUUCUAUCAAUCUAUUAUCUGAUACAAUACUUGAUCGGUUUUAUUCAGAAAUUUUACCUUCGAUUGAUCAUAAAAUCCAAUGGCUCGAUCUUGAAUCAUCAUCUAUGGAACGUAUUCUUUCUAGAAAUUAUCCUAAUUUAUACAGACUUGGUUUAUAUAAUCUCGAAAUAGAAAGCGCAAAACAUCUGUUUACUAAUGAAACAAUUUUAAAUGACUUAUUUAAAAAUGAUAUUUUAUCACUUAUUAUCCAUAUUAGUAAAAAUAAAAAACAAACUUCAACAAAAUAUGAUAAUACAAUCAUAUUUACAAAUAUAUUUUCUAUAUUCACUAAUCUACAGGAGUUAAAAUUCGAUUCAAAUUCAAUUUAUCCUCGAUACUUAUCAUUUGAUAUUUCACCUCCAAUUUUUAUUUCUUCAACUCUAUUAGAAUUACAUGUCAAUGUAACGCAUUUCUAUGAUUGUAUUUAUUUACUUGAUGGACGUUUUAAUCAACUUCGGCUUCUUCAUGUUAACACUUUUUCUAUUGAGCGUUCUUCAGUUCGAACAGUCAAUAAUUCGGAAAAGUUACCUAAUUUAAAAUGCUUUUCAUUACAUUGUGAAAUAGAUACAGUUUAUUAUGAUCAAUUAAUUCUUCCACUUUUACAUCGAAUGUUAAAUCUAGAAAAACUUCAUUUAUGUCUUAAAAUUUAUGGGAGAAACACUUUUAUUGAUGGGAAUAAUUUGAAAAUAAAUAUAAAAAAUUAUAUGCGACAAUUAAAUCAAUUUACAUUUAACAUUCGAUCAACUAUUCGUCUUGAUAAUAAAAUUAAUUUACUAUCAAAUGAAGAUAUUCAACAUACAUUCAAUCAUUUUCAAAAUAAUAAAAUUAUUUCUUCUGUUGAUUAUUUUUCCGAGAUGGAACGAGGUCAAUGUCAUAUUUAUUCAUAUCCAUAUCAAUUGAAAUAUUAUCAUCAAAUAACAAAUAAUUUUCCAGGUGGAAUUUUUAAAUAUGUUCGUGAAAUAUCAUUAUUUGAUGAAAGAUCUUUUGAACAUAAAUUUUUUUUUCAAAUUUCUCAAUCAUUUCCUUUUAUGAAAAAAUUAACUUUGAUUAAUGAAAAACCACAAAAUGAUAAACGAUAUAGAAUAUUCGAUGAUGACAAUCAACAUUUAUCAAUUAUUGAAUAUCCACAUCUUUCUCAUCUUAACCUUGAUGAAGCUCAUGAUGAUUACGUCGAACAAUUCCUUCUUGAUACGAAAACCUCUUUACCAAAUAGUCUUUAUCUCUCUGUCGAUUAUCAAGUACUGAAAAGAGUGACACAACAUUUUACAAGAAAUACAACACGAAUAAAUUCUAUUAAACUACGUUCUUUAGGUCUAAUUGGAAAAUGUAAAAUUCCUAAAUAUGUAAAAGAAUAUUUUCCUCGUACAAAAAUAUUAUGA